AUGGCACCAACCGUUGAGAUAUCCAUUCCGAAUACGACCAUUUCUCACACAUCUCCACCCCACACCGUCUAUCACAUCACCCUCCGCCUCCCGCUCCGCUCGUUCACCGUGCCCAAACGCUACUCGGACUUCUCAACCUUCCACAGCACACUCAUCUCCCAGACUAAUGCGCCUCCGCCAGCUCCAUUACCCUCAAAAACAUGGUUCUCGAAUACUGUCUCAAAUGAACGGCUACGUGAAGACCGCCGCCACGGCCUAGAGCAAUACCUUCAAGCGAUCAAUGAAUCCGACGAAGGCCGCUGGCGGACCUCCCCCGCGUGGCGUGCCUUUUUGAACCUCCCCACUGCGGUCACAUCGGCCGGCAACGGAUCGACCAACACAUCCACUCGUCUCCACGCAGCCAUCACAGACCCAGCAUCGACAAACGCACCAAUCACAGACCCGACACUAUGGCUAGACUGCUACCGCGACAUGAAGUCACAUCUACACGACGCCCGCCUCCAGCUUUCUCGUCGAGAUCAAGAGACAACACCCCAGAAACAGCACGAGAGCUCCGCGCAAGCGAAGAAGAGCCUCGUACGCGCAGGGACGAUCAUCACCACCUUGGACGAUGGGCUGAAGAAUAUGGGACGGGGUGACAAAUCAUCCGAGUCAACUUCGUCAUCUAGUAUAGGCAGUGGUGAGAUCCGCCGACGCAAGGAUCUGCUCAUCAAUGCGCGCAAAGAAAAAGACGGCCUGGAAGAUCUCUUGCACGCCAUGGCGACGAAGAGUCGACUUGACCACGCCGUGGCAUCGAUACAGGAUAAAGAAGCGUUGAUGAGUGUUGGCAAUGCGACAGGAGAUGGUGCAAGCGGUGGACGAAGAACGCCGGCUCGGACGGGCAGAGUGCUUGGCAAAGAGACCGAGCGGACACGCGAGCUUGAUAAUGAUGGGGUGCUUCAGCUGCAGCGGCAGAUGAUGCAAAGUCAGGAUCAGAACGUGGAUGAGUUGAUGAAGAUCAUCAUUCGACAGAAAGAGCUGGGGACGCAGAUCAACGAGGAGCUUGAGGUCCAGAAUGAUUUGCUCAAGUUGGCUGAUGAAGAGACUGAUAUGUUCGUGCACGCCUUUGCUUUGGGAUCUGUUGAAAUGCUUGCUAACUACAUUCCCAGAUUGAAAUCCAAGCUUGAUGUCGGAAGGAAGAGGAUUGGAAAGAUCUCUUGA